AAAUCCUAUUCACGAGGAGUGAGGAUCUUGCUGUCUAAUACCAUAUAAACACAUUACUGUGUGCGUUAGCCAUUGGCGGUAGUUUUUGCAUCCGCAUCCGAACCACAAUUUUUGUUGCUACCACUAGAUAUAUAAGGUUAAGCAGUAAGAUCAUCUAAAUACAUUCCAUAUCAGUGUACAGUCUAAAUAGUCACAAACCCAAUCAUUGAUCAAAAAUGGUACCACCACCACUACCCCGAGGACCAAUCUAUCUGCCCACAUUCUCAAUAUGGAAACGCAUAUAUCUUUCAAUUAGGCUCCGCGUCUUCAUUUUCAUAACCAAUAUCUCAAUAGCAAUCAGAACACACCCCUAUAAUUGCGGCCGAGCCAAUCUCCCAACCUUCACCAAAACCUACCCCAAGCACCCCUCCCUCACUCACCGAAUCUGGAUCCCCUCGACCUACAAAUCCGGUGACGCACCACCACCCCUCUACCUCGACAUUCACGGCGGCGCUUACAUAGUCGGAAGACCCGCCCUAGACGAUGCAUUCUGCAGCUACUUCUCCUCCAAACACAACGUCCUCGUCAUCUCCCUCGACUACUCCAAAGCGCCCAAAUCACCAUAUCCACGAGCCAUCAACGAAUUAACCGAUCUCAUAAACAUCAUCCUUGAAGACGAAUCUCUCCCCUUUGAUCGCGCGAAAGUAGCUCUUGGUGGUUUCAGCGCCGGUGGAACUUUUUCCCUCGCGGUUCCACAGGCUGCCUCUCUUCAAGGUAAGAUUAAGGGCGUCUGUUCAAUUUAUCCCUUGUGUGAUUUUGUGACGCCGCGUUCGGUUGGUAUUGCUGCGAGGCCGGCAUAUGCGCCUAAAGAUCGCUUGGCGGACUUGGACAACCUGUAUGAUUAUGGGUAUAUACCUCGGGGAACAGAUUUGUGUGAACCGAGACUCAGCGUGGCGUAUGCGAAGAGAGAGGUUUUGCCGAAGAAACUUUUUAUUGUCGGAUGUGAGCUCGAUAUGUUAUGCUAUGAUGCGGAGCUUUUUGCCGAGAAAUUGGUAGGGAGGGACAGGGUGGAGGGUGAGCUGGAUUGGGAGAUGGAUGGGGUUAGGUGGAAGAAGUUUAUGGGGGCUGAGCAUGGUAUGUUGAGGAUCUUGUUUACUUUUUAUUGAUUGGAGUGAUGAAGAGGAAUAUAUUUACUGACUUUUGCAAUUUAGGAUUUGAUAAUGAGCUGGCCUUUAAGCAAAAAGACAAAGUGAAGAAAGAGCAGGAUACGGCGUUAGGAAAGAAAAUGUACGAUGAUAUGGCAGAGUGGUUGUUCAGAGAAGUCUAUCAUUAAGCUAUCACCAUCUUCUCACUUUUCUGUCUCGUAACCGGUCUUGUUGCUUUCCGUCCGUUGGAAUAACCCAUUGAAGCAUAGCUGAUUAGGUAGUAGUCUUUUAGAGCUCUAAGUCUAGUA